CUUCGUGCCGCUGCAACCAACCUUGUAAUUUUUUGAAGCAACCACCUCUGCGUACCUCACCAGCGCUCAAUUCAAUGGCUGAAAAACCGACAACAGCUUCUGCACCCACGCAGUGCGUCGGCCCGACAUUCAAGGGCGUCGACGAGAAGCCCAGUGCCACUGUAUCUGCCGUGGUGCCGUUCGAUAACGUCUAUGUCCUACCGCAAACCCCCCAGUUGAUUGCCCUUCUCUCCAUGAUAAGAAAUAAGGACACCGAGCGAGCAGAUUUCAUCUUUUAUUCGAACAGAAUUAUCCGGUUGCUAGUAGAAGAAGGCCUGAACCACCUGCCCGUCAUUGAGAAAAGCAUCACUACCCCGGUCGGCCGCACUUACAAUGGUCUAAUGUUCGAGGGCAAGAUAUGCGGUGUCUCGAUUAUGCGAGCUGGAGAAGCAAUGGAGCAGGGACUGCGAGACUGCUGUCGCUCUGUAAGAAUUGGCAAGAUAUUGAUUCAGCGGGACGAAGACACGGCGCAGCCCAAACUUUUCUAUGACAAGCUCCCUGAAGAUAUUGCGAACCGAUGGGUUCUUCUGCUAGACCCCAUGUUUGCAACAGGAGGCUCCGCUACAAUGGCCGUCGAGGUCCUCAAAGGCCGAGGGGUGCCCGAAGAGCGUAUUUUGUUCCUCAACUUGAUUGCCAGCCCAGAGGGAAUCACAACCUUUGCCGCGAAAUUCCCCCAACUCAAGGUCGUGACGGCAUUCAUUGACGAGGGUUUGGAUGAGAAGAAUUAUAUUGUGCCUGGUCUUGGAGACUUUGGCGACCGAUUCUAUACGAUUUGAGGAACGAUGUGGAUAUAGCUUUUUUCUUUUUUUCGAUAAGACCCUGGUAUUUAGUAUGCAUCAAUAUCCCCGUUUCUGUAACGCCCUGGCCUGUCCCUGUAGAAAUGCACGGUAUGGCACUCAGUAAUCGUCGUGAUCGAUCUCUUCGUGCUCGUCAAUAGUAUUUUUGUUGUCCGUAGGUCUUCGAGCACCAUACCCUCUGCCGGCGCUCCCAAUUCCGCCAUCCGCCUUCGAGACUGCCUCUGCAGCAUCAACCCAUUCUCCGUACACAUCAACGGCGGCCGAUAGGUAGUUGACGGCGCAUUGGAAUUUUUGCCCGCAGAUGCGGCAGUCUAGCUGGCCCACACCAGCUUUCCUGUCAAGCUUGACAGUUACCGACUUCUCGUGGUUGCAGAAGAGGCAGGUGAAGGUAGUUGGUAAGGGAUCAGCCCUCUUGGGACCCAUAGGCUUUGACGAGGAUUUGCGCUUUCCCAUGGUGCCGGGUGUGGUGGAGGCGAGUAUUCAGCAAAGUGCAAAAGGCAG